UUUCAUUACAAGCAUUUUGACUCAAGCUCUUCGUAAUAGAAACAUCUUAUAGUUUCUUUGGCUCCCAUGCUUCUGUAGUUGGAAGAGUCAUUAACAUACAUAGCUAUGGUUUCUACAAAUAGAGCUGAGCCUGAGGCCCCGCAUCCUGACUAUGUAACUUUUCGUCGGCACGGGUCUAUGCCUAACCAAAAUUUUGAUGAGUUUCAGAGCAUAUUGGAACACAAGUGCGAGAAGCCUUUGUUUAGAAUGAAUUUUGAUGAGCUUCUGAAUAAUACGACUUCAACCGAGAGUGGUCAAAUUACGCAAAACCUACCAUUAUCCUCUUCGCCCGUUUCUCAUUUUCUGGAUUUAAAUGCGACGAUGAGCAAGAAAACCCUGGAUCAAGUUUGGAGCGACUUUGUUGUGCAAGAGCAUGUGAACCGAAUAGAUAACCAGGUGAAUCGACCGAGCUUGAAGGAAACAACAGUCGCAGAUUUGAUGGUACGUGAGGAAGCCAUGAACAAUGGAAAGCAGGAUCACAUUGGCGCUGAUGUCCAGCCACUGAUCACAAUUGAUCCGACGGAGAUGGUGUCACAGCAGGCAAAUUGGAUGCAAAUGCAGCUACAGAUUCCAGUUGGGAUUAACUACUCAGAUUUGGGUGUUCGUAAGUCAGUUUCGGUAACAUGUUACUCAGAGAAGGUUCUGCCGCUAGGAAUUUCAUUGCCGAUAACAUGUUCGUCGAAAUCACAAGUAGAAGCAGGUGCUACGGAAAGGAAGCGACGUUAUUCAGAUGAGACCUUGAAUGAGAAUUUUGAAAGGAAGCAGAAGAGGAUGAUCAAGAACAGAGAAUCCGCCGCUAGAUCAAGGGCAAGAAAACAGGAGUACACAAAGAAUAUGGUGGAGAAAAGGGAUCGGUUGGAACAACGUAAUUGCUGGCUUAAGAAGAUCAAGGAGGCAGAGGCACGAUUCACAAAACUCACCCCGAAAUAUCAACUGCGACGGACCAGUUCAGCCACAUUUUAAGAAUGGUUCUUUACAAUUAAAUUGAAUUACUUGUUUAUUUCAUUGGUUGUCAUUUUCCUACAAGACUACAAGCAAG